GGUCAAUAAUCGCAUUUGGCGCGUGCCCAUGCGUGGAGGCGCGGUUUUUCGGUCAGUGGGAUGUUCAGGUUGGGCCAUUGUUAUCAUGCUGCAGAACAGGGGCGCCGCUAUCGGGGGUCUGAUUUAAGGACACAGCAUUCCCGCGCCCUCGCUGACCCCGUCGACUUUGCCUGAUCCCGGAAAAGGAAACACCCAGCCGUAUCUUGCCAGUUUGCGAUUUUGAAUUCAGCGCAGUUGUUUUGUUUGUUCUUCAAGUUCAGUCUGCAACCAUGGCUGUCUCCAUGAUCUCUCACGCUGGGAUUCUCGACAAGUACUUCUCCCUCGACCAGAAGGGCACCAUCAUUGCUGAGUACAUAUGGAUUGACUCAGAGGGUGGCACACGGUCCAAGUCGAGGACCCUACCGGAGCAGGACUACAAGCCCGAGGACCUGCCCAUGUGGAACUUUGACGGCUCGUCCACCGGCCAAGCCCCCGGCGACAACUCGGACGUCUACCUGAAGCCCGUCGCCGUCUUCCCCGACCCACUACGCAGAGGCAAGAACAUCCUUGUGCUUGCCGAGUGCUGGGACGCCGAUGGAACGCCAAACAAGUACAACCACCGCCACGAGACGGCCAAGCUGAUGGAGGCGCAUGCCGAGCACGUGCCUUGGUUCGGGCUCGAGCAGGAGUAUACGCUGCUGGACCUCAAUGACCGGCCGUACGGCUGGCCCGCGAACGGCUUCCCUGCUCCUCAGGGGCCAUACUACUGUGGAGUUGGUGCUGGCAAGGUUGUCCAGCGUGACAUCGUCGAGGCCCACUACCGCGCCUGCCUGUAUGCCGGCAUCAAGAUCUCGGGCACCAAUGCCGAGGUGAUGCCUGCCCAGUGGGAGUUCCAGGUUGGCCCUUGCGUGGGUAUCGAGAUGGGUGACCAACUCUGGGUGGCCCGCUUCCUCCUGCACCGCAUCGCCGAAGACUUCGGCGUCAAGGUGUCUGUGCAUCCCAAGCCCAUCCCUGGCGACUGGAACGGCGCUGGCCUGCACACCAACUUCUCCACCAAGGAGAUGCGUGAAGAGGGCGGCAUGAAACACAUCGAGUCCGCCAUUGCCAAGCUCGGCACCCGCCACCAGGAGCACAUUGCUGUCUACGGCGAGGACAACGAGAAGCGGCUGACGGGCAGGCACGAGACGGGCGCCAUCGACCAGUUCAGCUACGGUGUCGCCAACCGUGGGGCGUCCAUCCGUAUCCCAAGAGAGUGCGCCGCCAAGGGCUACGGCUACUUUGAGGACCGCCGGCCGGCCUCGAACGCGGACCCGUACCAGAUCACGGGUAUUAUCAUGGAGACGAUCUUCGGCGCUGUCUAAGCUACUGAGUGAACACUUGGGCGGGACUGGACAGGACUGCGUCUGGCGAUUAUCUGGGAGGAGUUGGAGGUGUUUGUUAUGGAAUGUUCGGCGACAACCCUGAUAUCCGAAGCAAUGAACUGCUUGAUUUUCUUCCUUGAUCCAUGUCGGUUUCUGUACCUCAGGAUAGAGGUUGACAGAUCCUCCCGAAACGAAAGAGGCAUUCGUCUGUCUUCGUCUGAAUAAGUGUGCCAUUCCCAGUGUUACUUUUCUAAUCUGGCGUAGUAAAGGACUUGGCGGUUGGUUGCGAAACCCCCGAGCUAGCGUGGUCCUGGCCGUUGGAACGUUUCAUCAAGUUGGCCUGACGCCAUCUCCACUGACACCUGC